CCACCUUCUCCCCCUCCCCACCCCACACCGAAUGUAACCACGAAUGGGGUGGUUUUAUUCGGUGGACAGGCGAUGUCAAGCGCCAGAUGACGUUGUCCUCCGCCGACCUCCCAGUCUCUGCUCGAGCGGGACUCCCGGCAGCCCCGCGCAAACAACCAGCCGCCAACCGAGAGGAGCGGCCUUCCCCGCGGCCAAGAACCAGCGGCGUGUGCUGAAGCUUUGAGGUAUGGCUGUCCAAAACACACAACUUUCUCUUUCAGAGAUAGUUAAAGAAGUAGCACAACAACAGCAACAACAAACAAUUGAAGCUGAAAAAAAUAAGAACAUUCUUGGUCACUUGCAGGCAAAAUUGUUUGAAAUAGAGAAAGAAAAUAAAGCUGUUCUUCAGGAAUUGAGAGCAUCCGAGAAUCAAUCAUACCAUUUACAGAAUGAAUCAGAAAAUCUGCGACAAAGUUGCGCUGAUCUGGAAGCUCAACUUUGGAGUCUUCAUGCAAGCAAGUUGCAACUAAAAUUUGCAAUACAAGAAGAAGAACAAAAAUAUCAUAAGUUGUUGGCUGAAUAUGAUAAAUAUCAUAAAAAAAUGUUGGCACACAAAGAAAUGACUAGUCAGCUGGAAAAUAGAACUCCAAUCAUGAUGCAGCUGGAAGAAAAAAUACUGAUGGUCAAAGAUUUAAAAGCAAAGAAAGAAGAACUAACGACAGAUUUUAUGAAUCUUGAAGGGAAUACAAUAAAACAAGUGCAGGGAGAAAUUACAGAUUUGGAAGCUAAACUGUCAGAAAUAAAAGCUGCGAUUAAUGAAAAAUCAGUUCAAUUAAAGGAGGAACACGAGCAUCAUAUUCAUCUGAAGAAAGAAAUAGAGGUACAAAACAAAAGAUGUGAAGCCAUACUUAAGCGUUUGGUUUGUCAAUUGAAUAAAAUUCAGUCCAACAAACGUCAGUUGACUUGGGACAUUCAACAGAUGGAAAAAAAUGCAGCACACCUGAGAAGUUGUCUCGGAAUAACAGAGGAAAACUUGUAACAUAAAAGAUUUGCUUUAAAGUUAAACGUACAGGAGAUAUAUACUGCUUAAAGAUGUUGAUAUUGCAAACUUCAUUUGGACUGGACUUUCACAAUGUGAUAGAGACCAAUGCUCCUCUGUCAGUCAUUUUAACAAUAGCCUAAGCAUGUUAUUUUGUAGUGUUAUCUUCAAAAUAUUGGGCAGAAGAAUAACAUGGAUGUGUUAGUGCACAUGUUUUUAUAAAGGAGUCCACAGGUAUCUUCAAUAUUACAUGAAUUUGGCUGAAAAUUAUUUUAUUUGCAAGACAAUCAAUUUUUUUAAAUCUUUUUGAUUAAACCAUACUUAUUUUAAAUUUAAAUUAUUUAAUAAUUUAUCAAUGUUUUCCUGUGAUCAUAUUAGAGUUCUCACGCUAACUUCAGGCCGUUAAGAAAUGUAAUUUUCAUUCUUGUUCGGGGUAUUGUAGUUUAUCAUUUUCGUUUUACAACUUUAAAAUUUGUUGAAUUUCAAAUAAACAAUGAAAUGGCAUUUUUUCUAU